AUGGCGGUUCUCGGACGACACGAUGAAGAGAGCAAAGGCGGCGACAUAAUAGUCGACCGUAAAGGCUCGACUUCUCCAGGCGGUAUGACACCAGAGGAGCAGAUUCUUUCUGAUCCCGAAGAUGUUGGUCAUUCGUUACAUCGUGGCCUAAGGUCACGACAGGUUACUAUGAUUGCCAUCGGUGGCGCUAUCGGCACAGGUCUUAUUAUCGGAACAGGUUCUGCUUUGGCUAAGGCUGGACCGGGUUCUCUGAUGAUUGCCUAUACUUUCGUUGGUUUCAUUGUCUUCUUGGUUAUGGCAGCUCUGGGUGAAAUGGCAGCAUGGCUCCCAGCCGCUGGUGGUUUCUCUGUUUAUGCUACUCGAUUUGUCGAUCCCGCUCUUGGUUUUUCGCUCGGUUACACUUAUUGGUUCAAAUACAUCAUCACGACACCGAAUCAACUGACAGCAGCUGCUCUUGUGAUACAAUUCUGGCUACCUGCGACGAAAGUCAAUCCUGGAGUUUUUAUAGCGAUCUUCUUGGUAGUAAUUGUCGCAAUCAAUUAUUUCGGUAUCAAGUUUUUCGGAGAAUUCGAGUUCUGGCUUUCCUCUAUCAAAGUUCUUGUUAUCUGCGGCUUAAUCCUGCUCUCUUUGAUCCUCGCUCUUGGUGGAGGUCCAGAUCACGACAGAAAAGGAUUUAGAUAUUGGAAGAAGCCUGGUGCUUUCGCACCCUAUCUCACUACCGGCUCCCUCGGUCAGUUCCUCGGAUUCUGGUCUACUAUGGUUAACGCCGUGUUCGCCUACCUCGGAACCGAGCUUGUCGGUGUCACAGUCGGUGAAGCCGAAAAUCCACGAAAGACUAUCCCACGCGCGAUUAAGCUCACUUUUUAUCGUAUCCUUUUCUUCUACUGCUUCUCUGUCCUCCUCUUGGGUAUGAUUAUCGCAUAUGACGAUAAUGAGCUUGUCAAGGCUACUAAGCAAUCAUACAACUCCGCUGCCGCCUCUCCAUUCGUCGCUGCUAUCCGUGUAUCGGGAAUUAACGUCCUUCCAGGUUUCUUGAACGCUUGUAUUCUCAUCUUCGUCUUCUCUGCUUCCAACUCCGAUCUUUACAUCGCCUCCCGUACCAUCCACGGUCUCGCAUUGAAAGGUCAUGCUCCCGCUAUCCUCGCCAAGACCGAUGCUCGUGGUGUCCCAUACUACUCUCUUGGUCUUUCCGCUCUCUUCUGCUGCCUCGCUUUCAUGAACGUUUCCAGCGACUCCAAGACUGUUUUCGGAUAUUUCGUUAACCUCGUCACUAUUUUCGGUCUCCUCACUUGGAUCUCCAUUCUCGUGUCUCACGUCUACUUCGUCCGCGCACGAAAUGCACAAGGAGUCGACCCAAAGACUUUGGCAUACAGAGCUCCAUUCGGCGUUGCUGGUACAUACUUUGCUCUCUUCUUCUGUAUCUUAAUCGCUCUUACAAAGAACUUCGACGUCUUCGUUGGUGGUUUCAAGUUCAAGACUUUCAUUACCGGAUAUCUUGGUAUUCCACUCUACCUUAUCAUGAUCUUCGGCUACAAGUUCGUCAAGAAGACUGAAGGUGUUAAGCCCGAAGAGGCCGAUCUCUGGAGCGGCAAGGACGCUAUCGACAGAGAUGAGGAGAUGUGGAAGAUUAGGGACGCGGAGAAGAAGGCUUCAGGUGUGAAGGACGGUGGCUGGUUCUAUAGAACAUUUGUCUCGUGGCUCUUCUAA